CGGCCAUGUUGCCUUGUCAGAGAGAAGAGAGAACGAUUCGAGAGGUUGCUUCGUUUGUUGGUUGCAGCGGCACGACUGAAACUUUCGGCGGUUUAAAUUUUACCUCGGUUGGAUCCUUUUUACAGGUACAAAGUGCACAUUUUCGAAGCAGUACAACGUGUUUCACCACUCAGUGUGUUAAAUUUUAAGAUCCCGUUAAAUGGAUCCGUGAAAUUUUGUAGUGAUCGUGCGCGACGGUAAUCAUCGCCGUCGCCGCCGUUGUCGCGCGCGUGAACAAGAGCUUGACUGGAGCCGGUGCUCAAUUCGGACGGUUUGUACGACAGGUCUAUUGACAGGACCUGCCGAGAAAACGAUCUGGCGAGUCGGAGUGGACGCGAAAAAACGCACGUAGUGAUCGGCAGCGAUGUUCGAGACUCGUGAAAUGUCUACGUCAAUGAUGUGUGAAUCGCGGAUGUGAUAUGAAGUGAUUAGAUGACACAUUAGAUAGAAACAUUCGAGAUCUCGCGGUACUCUUGAUCGUUGGAAAAGUUCGAGUGCGAAAAAACCGAGCGAACCUUUAAAGAAGGCUCCCUUCGAGUAUCUCUGAUUCGCCAGCGGAGAUAUUCGCCGCGAGAUCGUACGUUUCGGUCCACGGCGAAGGUGGUGACACUAUUAUCCGUUGAGAUGUAAUCCAGCACAUAGGAGGGACGCUCAGUAGUUUGUAGUUGGUCCCCAUCCCACCCCUUCCCCUCGCAACCUCUAUCACCUCCAUCUCCCUCUCUCACCUUCCCCUGCGCGAUAAUCCGCCACACCGGUAAAGCAACCAUCGGACCAGCGACAUCGGCUUCUUGCGAAUGCGCCGGAUAGCACUCUUUUCCCCUUCUUCUUCUAAUGAGAUACCAACGAGUCUUUACAGCUCGCUUUUCUUCUUCGAGUAAUGACGUGCCAUACAAGCCUCAGUAACCUGUGAUAUGAUAUCCGAUGACUAAAACUCGCUCGCGUAGACAUAAACGUCUAAUCGAAGAUUGAGACAGAAAGAUUUUCAAGCAUUAAAUCUACUGUUGAAAAGAAACGACUGCGAUUGCCGAAGAAGAAACAGACGAUCAAAAUCUGGUGUAUUAAACGAAUAUUAACGAUACAACGAAAGAAGAGAACUGGAAGACAACGCUGAAAAAUGUCGACGUGUACCGACGAGGGCGACAACACACCCCUGCAUAUGCAGGAGGCUCUUUCUCCGGUGCAACAGACGCCAGUCUCGCCGGCGUCCUCUUCUCUGAGCAACUCAAAUCAAAAUGAGAGCGAGCAGCAGGUCUUACUGGCGACCAUGCAGCCAGUAAAUGUACUUGAUCUACACGAACCGCCGGCUGUGCACGUCCUUCAUCCGAAGUUCCAUCAUCAUCAUCAUAGUCAUUAUCACCAUCACCAUCAUCAUCACCAUCAGCAGCAGCAACAGCAGCAACAGCAACAGCAGCAACACAUACAAAGUAACGAUUCGGACGACGUGCAACAACGAAACGCCACAACGACAGACGAUUCGGACGGUCGAGUUACGCCGGUUACCGAGACAGCCGCGGGUCUAAUUUACAACGACGGUCAGAAGACGGUGAUGUAUACCCAUGACAAAGAGAUCAUCUACGAGAACGAGCACGAGGUACAAGUGGUCAAGUAUCCACCGCCGCGACCGUCACCGCCGUCACCUUCGCCGCCGUCAACCUGCGUCACCCCACGAUCAGCUGUUUCGGCCACCGCCGCCGCCGCGACCGCUCUACAGCUCCACUAUCCACAGCUGCAACUGCAACACGAGGACAACCUGCCACCGACGGUGCGGCACGCCGUGAGCGCAUCCGUGCCGAAUUGCGGCGCCGCGACCCCCACGACGACGGUGCUCGUGCUUUCGGAACUCGUCGCCGACCCGGCCAUCAACGGUGCGGCUGCGGCCGCGCAACAACUGACACUUACCGCCGCCGCAGCCGCUGCCACAGCUUCGCUUCGUGUCGGACGACGCAGUCGCAGUGAGGAGGACACAAACGGCACCGUCGUCAGUGACGACGCGCAACAGCAGCAGGGCUACGUAUCCGGGCAGCGUGAACCGGAAGAAGAAGAGGAUCUGGGGGCGGAGGAGGCAGCGGCACAGUCCCUGCAAAGCGGCGCCGAGGACACCGAUCCGGAAGUGCACAAAAGAGUCGCGGUGCAGGUGCAGGUUCAGGGUAUGGAGGGCGACUGGCGCGCCUACUGCGAGCAUCCGCUCUCAGUGGCGACUGCUGCGAUGCUAAAUCUUCAGCAGCAGCAUCAGGUGUCGGCGGUAGCCAGCCACGGCGAUGACCCUGGCGCGUCCUACGUCUACGAGUAUUAUAAACUGCCCGAGAAAACGGCUGCGGAUGUCAAGUUGCCGCCUACACACGAGCUCUGGUCCACGGGUGUGAUGGGCCAGAAGCUGCUGGUGCAGGAGGCGCCUGGCUCCGGUUCCGCCUCGACGAAUCGCAUGGAAGGCGGCGAAGGCGCCGGUGGAGGGGAACUACACCACUUCCUCCAUCAGUACAACCAGCAGUCCCACAGUCCCAGCCAGAGUCUGCAGGGUGGCCUUCCGCUUCCGCUCAGCCCGCAGUCUCUGCGACACGACGGUGCCUCGAGCGCCGGCAUCGCCGGGGUCAAAAGGGAACCAGAGGACCUCAGCUCGUCGCGCACAGGCCAACAGUCGAGCAAACGUCACAAACAGGCGGAAAGUCCCACACCACCGGGAAUGUACCACCAUCAUCAGCAUCAGCUACAGGUGCAGCAGUACGGCAGCCCUUACGACCCCAACACAUAUUGCAGUCCUCGACUGCAGUCGACCGCGUACACGUCCACGUCGGCGGCGACCGGAACUGGGAAUGGGACGGCGAAUCCCGGAGGCGGCGGCCUCCAUCAGGAAGCGACGACGGUCUACGUCACCGGGGACGCUCUGCCGCCACUCGCCUCGUCGAGCUCCGCAUCCCCGCUGACAACCACGACCGCUUCGUACACGAGGUACGAGGUUGUGCCGAGCUCGUACACUACGACACACGCGAUACGCUCGUCGUCGAGUAGCAGCAAAGUCCUGACCGUUGACCUUCCCAGCCCCGAUUCCGGCAUAGGUGCCGACGCGGUCACGCCGAGGCAGGAUCAUCAUCCGCCCACGGCACUUCAUCAGUCCUCGUUUGAUUAUACGGAAUUAUGUCCCGGCGGAACGACAACUGGAGUGGUCCUCGAAAGCGGCGCCGUGAUACAUCACCAACCCCUACAACUCCAACUGCAGCAGAGCCAUGCACAGGCACAGGUGCAACGCAGCAGUCUCGUGUCCGCAGGUGCGACAAAUGCGAAUCCAAACCCAAAUCCACCUAGAUCGCGACCUUGGCACGAUUUUGGUAGACAAAACGAUGCCGACAAGAUCCAGAUACCGAAAAUUUUCUCACCUUAUGGAUUUAAAUACCAUCUGGAAUCACCGAUCAGCACGUCGCAGCGCCGCGAGGAUGACAGAAUAACGUACAUCAACAAGGGCCAAUUUUAUGGUAUCACAUUAGACUAUGUGCCCGACCCUGACAAACCACUUCUCAAAGCAGGACAGACGGUCAAGAGCGUGGUAAUGUUGAUGUUUCGAGAAGAGAAGAGUCCGGAGGACGAGAUCAAAGCUUGGCAGUUUUGGCAUGGCAGACAGCACUCUGUUAAGCAACGGAUUCUUGAUGCUGACACAAAGAACAGCGUCGGUCUGGUGGGCUGCAUAGAGGAAGUCGCGCACAAUGCGAUUGCCGUUUACUGGAACCCACUCGAAUCGUCAGCGAAGAUAAACGUGGCGGUGCAAUGUCUCAGUACCGAUUUCUCGAGUCAGAAAGGCGUGAAGGGUUUGCCGCUGCAUAUCCAGGUCGACACGUACGAGGAAUCGCCGCCUCACACACAUACGUAUACGCCGCCAUCCCAUCGGGGCUACUGUCAAAUUAAGGUCUUUUGCGAUAAGGGGGCAGAGAGAAAGACCCGGGACGAGGAGAGACGUGCGGCCAAGAGGAAGAUGACGGCGACCGGCAGAAAAAAGCUCGACGAGCUUUAUCACUCUGUCACGGAGCGCAGCGAGUUUUACUCCAUGGUCGAUUUGCACAAACCACCGGUGCUGUUCUCGCCACCGGCCGAGCACGCCAUCGACAAGUUCUCGACGAUGGAGUUGUCGGGCUUCUACGGGGGUGGCGGCGGCGGGGGUGGGGGUGACACCGACACCUCGUCCCUCAGUAAUGGUGAAAGUGGAGGAUUGAAAGCAGGGGGUAGCAGCCCCUAUCCGGCGGCCUGCGGCCGACCGAGUCUGCCGGCCCUCAAGUUCCACAACCACUUUCCACCCGACAAUCUCAGUAGCCUGCACGACAAGAAGGACUCGUUGCUGAUGCAGGUGCAGGAGCUGCAGGGUUCGGUGCUGCAGGGUGUGCAACAGGCCGGCUUGACAGGCGCGGUGGUAUCCAACAAUCGGCUCCACUUGCAGCAACAGCCGCCGCAUUUGCGUCCGGCCGAAGCCGAGGAGCGUGUGAUGCUGUACGUGCGUCAAGAAUCGCAGGAAGUCUACACGCCGUUACACGUUACGCCACCGACGGUCCAGGGAUUGCUCAAUGCUAUUGAGUCAAAGUACAAAAUUGCAUCCUCGAGUAUUAAUAACCUCUAUCGCAAAAACACAAAGGGAAUUACAGCGAAAAUUGACGACGAUAUGAUCCGAUAUUACGUCGACCAGGACCUGUUCCUGUUGGAGGUGAGCCACUCGCGAAUCAAUUCAGAUCCUGGCAGCGAACAUCCGAGCUCGCCGGGAGAUCCAGAUGAUCCGGGCGAUUCUCCUUCCACGGCCGCAUACGACGUCACCCUCAUCGAGCUAUCCCAUCCUCCGUUGCCACACUCACCCCUCGCCAACUCUACACACGCACACGCACACGUUCACGACAAUAGCAACACAUGAACUGAAUUAGACGAGAGAGAAGUCUACUUUUAAUCGUGUAAAUAUAUUUCGCGUAAGUUGCCGAGAACUGAUCCUUUCCCUCGAAAGGAUCAGCAAGAUCUCGUGUCUAUCGAUAACUGUUAAAUAAACAGCGACAUUUUUGUAUCGCAUUUAAAGAUUCUUGUACAGUUGACGAAUUUACCAAGAAGGAUCAUCGAGCAUCGAGCAACAACGUGCUAAUUAACUUUCAGCGAAGACUCGAGAAGAAUCACGAAGGAUCAUUAAAAUACCACGGGAUCAUCGAAUUUUCGACAUCGAAGACGAAUUCAGCGUUUUGUUGUUUCAAAGUAGGUCGCAUGUAUAAUCUUAUUAUAAUAUUAUAGAUAGAAUCGAAAUGUGUAUUUUGUAAUAUGGCUUGACAUAGAUUUUUUGGAUUUUUUUUUACAAAUGUUUCGUUAAUAGUUGUCAUUUGUAUAAGACUUUAAAUGGGUCUUUCGGCGUAAAUGUACGGGUUUUUCGACUCGAGACUGAAGCAAGUCGAAUGUGCAAGAAUGUACGCAUGACCGUACCCUGACUGUGUGAAAAGCGACUCUAUAUUAUUUGUUUUCUCAUCUCGAACAAUUUAUAUCAAUUACUAGCUUAGGAUAUUCCGAAGCGUUGCUGCAAGCGCGAGCGCCAUGUAAAGCAAUCAAAAUUGAUUUAAGUAUCGCCGGUAUAUGUUAUAUAUACGUAUGACGUAUAUUGUAGAUUUAUAUAUUAAAUCGUCUCUAUUAAUUCGUACAUUAGUUAAAGUAACGAUUCUUAAUUCGUACAUUAAUAGACUCUUAAUUUGCCCGCACGUUUAAAAAUAAAAAUACGUCGCAUCAAUAAUGCCAUCGGCAUUAAUACCGCGAAUUAUCACUUUGAAGUCGAUAACUCGUAUACAUCGUGAUGCGCGUGCCGUCAUUUUACGUUAAAUGAAUGACCCUCGAUAUGUGUGUGCGUUAAUCAAUGACAGAGGCGAUCAUUGCGUUCUCUGAUUCAUCUUCUGCAUUUCUAUUUGAUUUUUAUCCAUAAAGAUUUGAACGUUGAUUUCGCGCGACAAAAUAAAAAAAAAUAUUAACAAUAAGAGAAAAAACCCUCAUCAACAGCUCGUAAAAAACCAAUCGAUAUUCUCUUCUUAUCUGCCUCGUGUCUCGUUAACGAGACUUUUAUAGUCUCUCAUUUACGAGCAUAUUAACGCGCGUACAUGAAUACAUGACGUAAUUUCGUAACGUUGCUGUUAAGCAGGAUCAUUGGCGAGUAAAUUCCGACUUAAAGCGCAAAUCAACAUCGUGUAUUUCUGAUUUAAAAAAAUGAAAAAAAAAAGAAUGAAUUCACGAAACCAGAGAUCGCCUCCUCUUAUGCCGCACUCUUCGCCACGUUACGCUCGAGGUAUCAUCGAGAAGCCACGACUUUUUCUAAGUCUUAAGACUAAUAAGAGUAAUAUAAUCACACUGUAUACCUGCGUAUUCGUAGGAUAAUCUCCCUAUAACACAGCAGCAGUUUGAUUCAGACGUUAGAUAAUAAAAUAACGAAUUGAUAUAUCUCAGAAUUGAGCGAUCAAUGUUGCUACGUCUAAGAGAUGAAAAAGAUCCUUAUAUUACUAAACGAGAAAUCGCUUUCCUGUGACUUUGAAAUAAAAGGAAGAAAGUGCCAUUAUAUAUUCACAUACAGAAAUCAUCAAGAAUUAUUCAUUCGAGAUCUGUGCUAGGAUAACACUUAAAAGUAAUAAAGGGAAAGAUCUUCUUUAUUGGAUAUAUAGUACUCCUUAUCGGGACCAUAUUUUCUUUAUAAUCUCACAUACAGUGAUUUUAAUUUUUCACUCUUGUAAUAAAAUCAUAAUAUCGUUGGCGCGCGUUAAACGCGCGAUUGAAAACGAUAGCAUUACCAAUAACUUGUGGUUAUAUAGUUUGUAAGCUAAAGUUUGAAUAAAAUGUGCCACCCCCUCGGUGAAAGCAAGCCAUUUGCUAGCUUAUAUCAUAAUUAGGCGCGUAUGCACACACAUAACGCGGAAACAUACUCAUACAUUUUCUUUUAUAUAUAUACACACACAUUUGUUGUCAAUUACAUUAGAGAUUUUCAUUAGAGUAGAAUUAUCACGAUCAUGAUACUUUUCUCUUGUUUCAUGUUAAUCAUAUACAUACGUCGAUUCAUACACCGAUAUCAAAGCAAGGAUCAAAAUACGCUUGUAAAAUGCUUGUAAAAUGCUAUUAUUACUUAUUGAAUACUAUAUUUUGUUACAUUUAUUACAAAUAGCAUAUAGAUUGAUUAUAAUUAUUAUGGAUUCUAUUCCAGUACGCGUAGAAUAUAUAUAUUAUAGUUAUAUUAUUAUUAAUAAUAUUAUUAUAUUUUUUUUAUAUACAUGAAAAUGCGUGUUGUAUGGAGUGAGAAUGUAAAAAAGAAAGAAGAGCGAGAAAUGAGAGAAAGAGUGAAAGAAACGAAAGGAAGAGUGCGUAUGAAUGAGUCUCUCGGAAUGUCUGUGUAUGGAAACGUCAAAGAAAGAGAGAGAGAGAGAGAGAGAGAGCAAGAAAGAAUUAUAUAUAGCAUUUAUAAAAUCAAUCUACGUUAUACACAUCUACAAGACCAAGAUUGUUGGUUAGCUUUAGUCCAUGACAUUUUUUUAUGUAAUCACAACCUUCCCUUUCCGUCAACAUUUUCUUCCCAUAUCCUCUCAAUCGCUACCAUUGUACGUCGAAACGAGGCGGAACAUAUGAUUCGUUAGUAGAGAUAAACACAGCUGUGUCGUCGAGCCAUUUUAUUAUAAUAGUAUCAUCUCAUUAUUCUUACGAUAUUAUUCUUACGAUU